UUUUAUCUUUAAUUUAUAGGGUUGUACAUGUGAAGCAUUGUUGCUUUUUCUUUUCUAGAAAAUUUUUGCAGGGCUCAUCAGCCAAAUAAACAUUGGCCCCACGACUGGUGGAAACCGUAAUACUCAACGGCUAGUAAUUUUGACCGUUGCGCCCGUCUCCAGUUCAAUAUCCAAUCUAAAGCUCUCAGCUCAGCACUUAAACAGAACUUGAGUAACGGUUCAAUUCAAACUCCCAUCACUUCCUCUCCCCCAGCUUCUGAAGAGUGUUCAAAAGGAAAGCAGCAGCAGCAACAGCAAUGGCGUAUGUUUACAAGCCUAUGUAUUACUCUUCUUUCCAAGACACGAUCGCCUCCCUCUGCAAGUCCAUCCUCCCCUUCUCCUUUAAGAGUCGCCUUCUCCAAGCGGAUCAGAAGCAGGCAAAGCGCCAUGCCGAAAACCUUAAGUGGCAGCAAGACUCCUUCCACCGCAUUCUGCACCUCAUCGGCCUCCACAACGAAGGUAUGGUGCCUGAGGCUGAAGUCGCUGCCUUCAGAUCCAACCUCCUGGACACUCUUAUCGCUUCCCCUGCUGAUCUGGAGCUCCCCAACAUUAUACGAGACAAACUCUUAUUCUUGCAGGAACUUUUGUUUGCCAAGUGCAUUUCCUCGGAGGAGUACCAUUCCUCAAAGAGGCCUCUUUUACAAAGGCUUGCAGCUCAAGGAAUUGAGAUUGAUUGCAGGGAUGUUAUCGUUGGGGCUCCACCAUUGUUGAAGAACACUGAGGAAGAAUGGUCUGAUAUUGAUCUCAAUGAUCAAGAGCCACCAGAAGCUUCUGAGAAGGUUAAAGAGAAAACUCAUUGGAACUUGCCGUGGAGAGGGAAAGUGAAGAAAGAAGGAUCAAAUACCAAGAAGAAGAAAGAUGGAAAUGGCGAGAGCUGUUCGAUACUUAUGCCACAGAGCACGCCGUUGAUUUCAUCUACCAAGUAUGAAAAUAAUAAAAGAAAGCCGUUUCAAGCUUUGUUUCAAAAGGAGAAGCAAGAUGAAGAAAGUGAAAGCAAAAAUCUUGCUCAAGAUUGUAAUGAGAGAGGAGUGAAGGCCACAAAAAAGCCAUGGGGUUUCGAUGGCUUGAAGAAAUGGAAGAGAAGCAGCUGCGAGGAUGAUUCAAUGAAACCAUAUCUCUCUCCAGGAGAAAGAUCGGAUGAUGCUACUCUUUCAAACAAAUACAAGUUGGUCUCCAGCCCCAUAGGUGAAGGACCAGACACGAAGAGGAUCAAGAAACAGAUUCAUUCUGAUGGAUCUUCCUCUGAUUUCUUCAUAGACAAGGUUUUGGGGGAGAAUAUCAAGAAGGAGCUUUCUCGUAUCCAAUCAGAGCUGUCUGCAACAAAUCAAAAUAUGAAUUUCUCGGAUGACCAAAUUGAGGCAAUUUCGAUGAAGCUUCCUGUUGAUAAGGCUGAUUUGAACAAAUUCUUCCCAAAAUCAUGGUGCAGCACAUAUGGAGACAUUGUUCUUGAUGUUGUGAAGAAAGAGUUCAAGGAUCAUGUUGGAGAGAUGGAAAAUCUUAGAAAUGCUUCGAAGGCAAAACAUGAUAACUGUUUUGAAGGAAAUUGGGUAUCUUUCGAAGAUGAAAGCGAGAACUUUCACCCCAACCUCUUCUCUCAGAUUCAGUUAUCAUCGAAUCAACAAGGAGUAAAGGAUAACCCUUUCAUUGAAGUCCAAGAAGGUGUCAGUGCUAGCUAUUUUGAUGAUAACUAUCCUUUCAUCGAAGUCCAUAAUCCUUUUUUGCCUCCUAAGUGGGGUAACUGAGUAAUUGUGUUUUAGUAGAGAUCUCUGUCUGGGGAGAUUGCAAUUGUUGUUGAUUUGAGCGUGAGUUUCACAGAAGAAUUUGGGAGUGUGUUGUUUUCAGAACUGUUUGUUGUUAAUUUUACUGAGUUCAUUUUGGAUCUUGUGUGUUUAUCCAUUUUAUCUAAAUUUGAGGCUAAGCUCCUCAAUGGCAAAGAAGAUUGACCCCAAAAUAUUGACAUACAGAACGCCACAGCUUAAGCAUCAAAAUUUCACAACAUAAAUUCAUGCAUUUCUUCUUGGAAUCGUAGACGUUGAGCCAGGGGCGGAACCAGCCUUUCAUCGUAGGGGGGACAAAAUUUUCUUAUUAAUAGAUAAAUAUAAAAAAACAAAAAACAAAAUGAGGACAUAAUUCAAAGUGAAAUAUUGUAUUCCAAUAUGAUAGAAAAAUUGUAAAUCAUUACAAUUUUUUCAAUCUAUUUUGCUUUUUUUUAUAAUAUUGGAUUACAUCUUCAUUGGGAAUCAAAUCAAAUACAUCUUUUUCAAUGUAAGGCACAAGACAAUCGUUGAGCCAAUCAUCACUCAUCCUACUACACAAUCGAUGUUUUAUAAUUUUCAUUGCUGAAAAUGCUCUCUCAACUGUAGCAGUAGCAACUGGUAAAGUUAAUGCUAAAGUAAUAAGUCUGUAAACUAGAUGAUACACAUCAUUCUUCUUGAACUUAACAAUCUGCUUUGCAAGAUCAACAAUACUUCUUAAAGAGGAGAACUCUUCACUGGUCCGCAUAUCAAUAAUUUAAGUUUAUAAUUGAUUUUUAAGAGCAACAAUCUCAAUUAUAGAAAGAUCACUUGGAUAUAACUCUGCUAGACUUAUCAACUUCCCUUCAUCAUAAGCAUGAAAAGAAUCACUUGGGUUUAAGCAUGACACAUAAAAUAGUAACUCAGUAUUUGAUUCAGAAAAUCGAUUAUUUAGCUCUUGUAAGUUGAUAAUUGACUUUUAAGAG